UUUUGUCCCUUUCUCUCUCUUACGACCCCUGCCUUCGUUUUUCUCCCUUUUUCUCUUUUUCUUGUCAAUUAAACGUUAUUUCUUCUUUGGUAAUCGAAGGAAAGCAAAUAAGAUGGAGAGAAAGCAGAGCUCCAAAUCUAAGUUGAAUAUAGCCAUCAUACACCCAGAUCUUGGCAUUGGUGGAGCUGAAAGAUUGAUUGUUGAUGCGGCUGUUGAAUUAGCAUCCCUUGGGCACAAUGUUCAUAUUUUCACAGCUCACCAUGACAAAAAUCGAUGCUUUGAGGAAACCCGCGCCGGUAUUUUUCCAGUUACAGUAUAUGGUGACUUCCUUCCACGACAUAUUUUCUAUCGUCUUCAUGCUGCUUGUGCAUAUCUGCGCUGCGUCUUUGUUGCACUUUGUAUGCUGUUCAUGUGGCCAUCAUUUGAUGUUAUACUAGCAGACCAGGUCUCUGUUGUCAUCCCAUUGUUGAAACUUAAAAAGUCCAUGAAGGUUGUAUUCUAUUGUCAUUUUCCAGAUUUGUUACUAGCUCAACAUACAACUUUUCUGAGGAGGAUAUACCGGAAACCUAUUGAUUUUAUAGAAGAACUGACAACAGGAAUGGCUGAUUUGAUACUGGUCAAUAGCAGAUUUACUGCUUCUACCUUUGCAAAAACAUUCAAGCAUCUUCAUGCUCGAGGAAUUAGACCAGCUGUUCUUCACCCUGCAGUUAACGUGGAUCAGUUUAAUGAGCCCCAUUCUUAUAAGUUGAAUUUUCUCUCUAUCAAUCGCUUUGAAAGGAAAAAGAACAUAGAUUUAGCAGUUUCUGCUUUUGCGAUGCUUCAGUCCCUUGAAGGAAAUGUUCAUCAAACUUCUAACUGGGCUGAUGCUAAGUUGACAAUUGCUGGUGGAUAUGAUAGACGCCUAAGGGAAAAUGUUGAGUACUUGGAGGAGCUCAAAAGCUUAGCUGAGAGGGAAGGAGUGGCUGAUCGGGUUAAUUUUUUUACGUCUUGCACAACAGAAGAAAGGAAUUCUCUGCUCUCUCAAUGCCUAUGUGUCCUUUAUACACCGACAGAUGAACACUUUGGCAUUGUUCCAUUGGAGGCAAUGGCAGCAUACAAACCUGUUAUAGCAUGCAACAGUGGGGGUCCACUGGAAACAAUUAAGAAUGGGGAAACAGGAUUUCUUUGUGAUCCAACUGCAAAGGACUUUGCUUUGGCCAUGGCUAAACUCAUUCAAGACCCAGAGGUGGCAAAGAGAAUGGGGGAACAGGCUAGGCAGCAUGUCAAUGAAUCAUUUUCUACAAAGAUAUUUGGCCAGCGUUUGAAUCAGUUUCUUCUGGAUGUUGUUAAAAGCAAGCAGGACUGAAAAUGGGGAAUAGGCAAUGAUGAUGACCUUUCCUCUACAUAAUUUUGCAGACAUUGUCAACAUUAUAGUAAAAAUGUUAGAAGUGUUUUCUUUCUGCAAUUGAGAUAAAAAAAAAAAAAAUUCUGCAAUGAGAUUUCAUCAGUUUUUCCGUCAUAUACAAAUAUA